AUGAAUGAAAAAUGCAAAGAAUGUGACGACGAUGAUGAACAACCGGAAACCGGAGCGUAUUCGUUCCACAGUAGCGCUGUGGGGAGCCGGAGCGCAUUCGUUCCACAUCGGCAAGUGCGGAAUGCCCCCUGGCUCUGCGGAAAGAUCCACAGUUGCGCAACCGAUUUGCGUAACACUCCCGUUCUCACCCGCAAUUCAUUUAGAGCUACUGCCCCUCCUUUCCUGGACUACCUGAGGGGAGUUUUGCGCAGGUACCCUGAUGGAGGACAGAUACUUAAGGAAUUGGUACAGAAUGCCGACGAUGCUGGUGCUACUGAAGUGGUCUUUAUCUCUGAUGAGCGAACAUUUGAUGUGGAGAGCCUUUGGAGUGAUAAAAUGGGCAGAUACCAAGGUCCUGCCCUUUUUGCCUUCAAUAAUGCUGUAUUCACAGAUGAGGACUGGCAGGGAAUUCAGAGCUCUGGCAGAAGUGUCAAGAGAGACAAUCCAAAUAAAGUGGGCAGGUUUGGGAUUGGAUUCAACUCUGUUUAUCAUUUAACAGAUUUACCCUGCAUAUUUAGUGCAAAGAAUCUGGCCAUGUUUGAUCCUCAAAAGAGUGUUUUUGAGAAUGAAGGCUUCAUGUGGAAUUUAGAUUUUGAAGAAGACAGAGUGACAUUUUUAAACUUGCACAAUCAAUUCCAACCCUUUAAAGAGGUUCUGAAUCAUGUUUGUGACUAUUCAUGGGAAGAUAUCAUCAGCAGGGACCAGCACUUCAAUGGCACACUGUUCCGUUUUCCACUUCGCUCUGAGCCGUCUGCCAUUGCAGACAAUAAAUAUGAUUCAGCAAAAAUAUCUCAGCUCUUCAGCAGUUUCAUCAAAGACGUAGAUCUAUGUCUAUUGUUUCUGAGGAACGUGAACAAAGUGUUACUUCUCCAUAUUGACCCAGAAGGUUCUGCGAGCAUAAGGUUAAAUGUAACGGCAUCAAAUCGCAAACUUUGUUCAUCUUCUCUGAAGAGAGACUUGAAAGUAGAGGGAUCAACUUGUCUAAGAAGCAUAAACUCUCUCUGUCCAGACAAAGAGGAGACAAAAACUCAAUGGGUUGUGACUGAGACUCACAUUAAGCAGGGCAAAGCACCAGAACUUGACUCCCUUUCAAAAAGACUAAGCCUCCAUCCUGAAGUUAGCCUUGCCUUCCCAGUUGAAGGGGAAAGAGUUUUGACCAGUGGGAGGCUAAGUUGUUUUUUGCCCCUCCCAAACAAUGAACAAAACACAACCGGCCUUCCCCUCCAUGUUCAUGCCAGUUUUGGCCUCACAGACAAUAGACGAGAUGUGAAGUGGCAAGAGGAAGAUCAGAAAUAUGAUGAAGUUGCUCUAUGGAAUGAGCUUAUACUCAAAGAGGUUCUUCCAAGUGCAUAUAUUUUGCUAAUCCUUGAUGUUGUGGACCUCUGCAGUUACUCAAACUGCUUUCCUGCCUCCACAGUAUAUCACAUUUGGCCAGAUUUAGCUAGCUUGGAGCAUAAAAAGCGUUGGCAAAUGAUUGCUCUGGAUACGGCAAGGCAUCUUCUGCACUUGGAUGUCUUGUGUUUAGCUGAAGAUGAAACCCAAUGGGUUAAGCCCACAGAAGCAGUAUUCCCACCUGAUGACAACACUGAUCCAUUCAUCAAGCAAGCAGUGUCUGAUUACUUGAUCUCAUCUGGUGUAAAACUUGUCUACACACCACCCAGUGUAAGAAGAUCCAUUGAGGAGGCUGCCAGAGUACAAUGCAAGACAAUAACAAAAGCAACAGGAGAAUAUGUUCGCAACAUCAUCCGCACUGCCAUCCCAGCAGACAGUUCCAAGGAAAUGAGACUUGCUCUCUUAGAAUAUGUGCUUGAUGACAGGAAAUACUCUGAACUUGAAGAGUUGCAGCUUUUGCCCCUCAGUGAUGGAAGCUUCACUGCUUUUUCAAAGCAAAUUGAAAAGGUAGUUUUCAUGGACUCUGAUGAAUUCCCACGCCUCAACCAGCCAAUUGUAGAGCAACUAUGUGCUUCCUCCUUGCCCAAAGACUGGCAAAAAUCCCGUGAUCAUGUGACCUGGGAAAUUGGAAAUAGUCUACACCCAUCAGCACGGUGGCUGAGGGAGUUCUGGAGAUUUCUGAACACUCAUGUUAAAGAUCUCAAAAAUUAUGUAGGACUGCCAUUGAUUCCACUGGAUGUCAUUUAUGAUCAUACUCAAGUUGUUCAGCUUGCACGUUUGGAGGAGAAUACAACUCUAAUGUUUGGUGUCAGUCAGCAUGGCUGCCUUUCAGAAGAGUUGAUAUCUCUGCUGGAAAGGGUUGGAGCCACCAUCAUUAUCAGAAAAGAUGAAUGCCUGAGACAUGAAAAUCUGGUGAACUAUAUACUAACUCCAUCCCCGAGAAAUGUGAUGCAAAUCCUUCUUAACUUAGAAAUUGCUGAGGUCAUAGAUGGGGUAAAUUCUGCCCCUUCCAGGGAAAAAGAGAGCUUGAAAACAUUUCUAGCAUCCUUGGACUCAUUCUCAGAAAAUGAAAGCAACCUGCUCUCUAAACUGCAUCUUUUCCGAUCAUUACCGAACAUUAAGGGUGAUGGAAGUAACUACCUUCCAGCAGACUCACUACCAGCUAUAGACCUCAGUCCCAUUCCAGCCAUCCCAUCUCACCUCCUAAUGCCUGAUGUGAUUUUGAAGUGCGAAACAGAAGCAGACAGAAGGCUGCUCAGUCUACUCAAUGUCAAGUUGCUGAAGUCCCCUCAGGUGGCCAAUCUAUUAGUUUUAGGAAUUGAACAAGCUGUUUAUGGAAAGGAGGAUGUCAACAACAUAAUGCACUGGAUAUUGGAAUCGGGCAGCGUCCUUUUUGCAUUGGAAAAUAGUCUGAGCAGGACCUGUGUGAACUUGUGCUUUAUGGAAAUUCAUGGGGGGAAAAAAGCAAAAGCUUCAGACCUUUUUGAUCCAAAGAACGAAACAUUCCAAGCACUAUUGCAAGACGAUUUCUUCCCACCAUUCCCUUUCAGAAAUGAACAGAUACUUGAAAGCCUUCGUCGCCUAGGGAUGAAGACAAAAGUAGAGGACCUAGAGCCUUUAGAUAUACUGCACAUUGCAACGGACAUUUCAUCAUCAUACAAAAAUUCUCCAGAGGGGGCCUUUGCAAAGGCAAAAGAGCUCAUCAAGCUCUGUAAUCAAGCCAGUGUGCUUACCAAAUUCUCAGACAGUCAAAUGGACAAAUUUUUAAACACUCAGUGGUUUCCCUGUGACAAUGUAUGCACAGACCCAACUGCUGCUCAAUGUACCAUUUUCUGUGAGCCAAAAGACAUAAGGGAUUCGAGUUACAUUAAUUUAGUGGGCUUUGUUAUGCCUCUGACCAAUAGAGUACAUGGAGAGGCAAGGGAGAGACUAGGGCUUAUGAGACGACCCCCUGCAAUAAAAGUUUUUGAGAACCUUUCUGCUCUGAGAAUGAUAUCACAGGCCUCUCAGGAUUCAAAUGCAGACACAAAAUUCAAGGAAAACUUGCACAGUAUUUACAGAUUUUUGCAAGAUGAGAUGAAAUUUGAUGUUACAAUCAAGACCUUAAGCAAGCAAUACAAAGACACACCACUCUUAUGGGUAAGGGAUGACUUUUUGAUUCCAAGUAAUGUUGUUUUUGGCUACCCACAAGGACUGGACCUUAGUUCAUGUAUUCCACAAGUUCCAGAGGAGUUUCUGCAAUAUAAGAAGCUGCUUAAAGAAUUUGGAGUGAAGGAAGGCUUAACAGACAAUGAGAUUGUAGGUCUGUUGUACACCAUCAAAAACAAAAUUUACUUAAGAGAGCCACCUUGUGGAACUUGCAUUGAGAGGGAGGUGGUAAUCAAUAUACUCAACUGGAUGUGCAGAGAAAAGAAAACAGCACAAGAUGAUCUCCCUGUUCCAGUGAUGACAGAAAACUGUGCCUUCAACUUGCAAAGAAAAUGUUCUGCUGUCUUCUGUGACAUCACCAGUGAUAGUAUGGCAGAACUUCAAGAUGAAAAUGGGAAGGUUUAUAUAGUUCUUGAAGAAGUUCCAAAAGCAACUGCAGUAGAGCUAAAAAUUCCACUAUUAAGCACUCAAAUACUCAAGCCAGAACAUAUAAGAUUUGAGCAAUGUGGACAAACAGAGCCUAUCACAAGGAGAAUCAGGAAUAUACUUGAAGAGUAUGAUGAUGAAAAUGACCUCUUCAAGGAGCUCAUUCAAAACGCAGAAGAUGCUGGAGCAAAAACAUGUAGAUUCAUGUUGGAUUACAGGGAAAAUCAAGAACUAAAUGGUCUGAUAGACCCAGGAAUGGCUCUUUGCCAAGGUCCUUGUCUCUGGGCCUUCAAUGAUGAAACUUUCACAGAGGAAGACUGGAUAAACAUAGUAAAAGUGGGAGCACGGUCAAAGGAGCAGAAAGUUGAAAAAAUUGGGCAAUUUGGACUCGGAUUCAAUGCUGUCUACCAUGUAACUGAUAUACCCUCUGUUUUAAGUAACAGAAAGCUUCUCAUACUGGACCCAAAUGUUACUCAUCUGCCCAAGCACAUUCAGAGUCGAGCUAAUCCUGGGAUCAAAAUUGAUUUUGGCAGAGAGAGAGUGUUGUCAAGCUUCCCUGGGCAGUUCAGAUCUUAUGAGGGAAUUUUCAACUGGAAAAGUGGGCAGCUCCCAUAUGUAGGAACCCUCAUCAAAUUACCCUUUAGAACCGAGAACGAGGCUAAAAUGUCAGAAAUAAGCAAAAAGUUUUACACAGAAAACAGCAUAGUUGCUUUUGAAAAUCAUCUGAGUCAGAAUUCUGAUACUCUCUUGCUUUUUCUAAAGAACAUCAAGGAGGUAACUCUUCAAAUCCUUUCCAAAAACAGCUCAUUUCCACCAAAAAAUGAUCAAAUUCAGUCACUCCUUCGAAUUUCAAAAAAACAGCUGAGAAUCAUUGAAAUUCCUGAGGAUAUGAGAAAGGUCCAGAUCUCUACUAUGCAGUCCCUGAUGUCACUCAACCACAAGUGUGGCAACAUAAUUGAAUGUCACUCAGCAAACCUAUUUGAGAUUACAGUUGAAAACAAGGGCAGUUGCAGUAUUCAGCACUGGCUGCAGUACUCCUGCUUCGGCCUAGAAAAAGCAAAUGAAGUUGUGAAGAACCAGUCUCAUCAAGAUUUUUCUUUGCCUGUUGGAGGUGUUGCUAUACCCCUGAGGUAUGAUCAGACGCUAGGAUGCUGCGUUCCUCACAGUGUCAACACAGCAGGGGGGGUGUACUGCUUUCUUCCACUUUCCGUUCACUCUGGUCUCCCAGUCCACAUAAAUGGGACUUUCAGUGUGACAUCGAACAGGAAAACAUUGUGGGACACUGGAUCAAAACACAAAUGGAAUGAAGAUCUACUAAGGGAAAGUGUCACAACUGCAUAUAUUACAGCACUAUUAGUUUUAAAAGAUAUGGCCCAAGAUGAAUCACUUCAAACAUAUCUCUACUUUGAAUUCUGGCCUGACAUACAAAAAGUAAGCAAAGCAUUUCAAACCUUGGCAUCUGCCUUUUACAGUGCUGUUAUUCAGGGGUUCCAUGGAAGAUCACUGGAACUAUUCAGUGAUGGGACAAAUUGGUGCUCUAUGGACAAUGCCCGAUUUCUUCACCCUAACAUUGAAAAGAAUGAGCACAUUGGACAGAUUGCUAAAGAUAUGUUUCAAAAGACAAGAAACAAAACAUUCUUGGCUGUUCCACUUCCAGAAUGGGUGAGGAAUGGGUUCAUUCAAACAGGACAUAAAGACACAGUUGAAAACAAUACAUUUCACUGGCUUGAGCUUUACAAGGAGGUCAUAUUCCCCAAUUUGGCAGACAUGGAUUUGAAAAGCAGAGAUAUCCUCAUUUUGCAUGCAAUUGAUGUGAAUGAUGAACAAAUUGACACUCUCUUGAAAAAACAUCCAUGUAUCCCUACUCAUAAGGGACUCCGGCACAUCAACGAGCUUGUGAACCCUUAUGGAAAAGCAGCUUGUCUAUACGAACCUCACGAAGGUCGCAUACUUGAAGGAACAGAGAAUGAUUUCCUCUCACCAAAAAGAGUUCGCAGACUGAUUGAACUUGGUCUGAUGAAUGACCAGCUGCCAUUUCAUGAGAUCAUCGAGAGAGCAAAGAAAAUCAAAGACAUCUGGAUGUAUGAUAAGAGGAAAGCAGACCAGAAAUACAAAUGUAUUAUGGAUAUGUCAAGCAAUCUUCUGCAAGAGAAUUUCAGAAGAUUCCCAAGUUUACAGAAAUUUCACAAUAGUGUGUCCCCUGACUGGACAUUAUUAGGAAAUGUUGCAUUCAUUCCAGCACGUUUACUCUUUAAACAGGGUCUUGAGCAUGAUGAUGAGAUUGUUCUGAAAAGACCCAAUGAAAUCUACAAGUACAAGUCACGUCACCUAGUUGGGAUGACACAGUAUUUUGUAGAGGAUAACAAUAUAAGUAGCUUGCAUGGUGUGGUUCUUCAGAAGCUUGGAGUAGCCGAAGAACCAUCACCACAGGUAGUAUGCCGGCAGCUCUGUAGAUCACUGGAAUAUUCAAAAGGUAAGCCUGAAGGAACAGUGACAGCCAUUCUCUUUGAAAACGCAAACCAGUGUUAUAAGUAUCUUGAAGAAAGCCUUGCAAGGAACAAAGGAAAUUUGAAACUGCGGGAAAUGGCUCAACAGUUUCCAACAGUUUUCAUCGACAAUAUAUUUGUUGAUGCUGAAAAAGUGGCAAAGACAGUGAAAUUUGAUGCAAGGCCUUAUCUUUAUAAGCUGCCAAAUGAGUUCGCUGGCUUCAAACACCUGUGGAAUUGCACAGGUGUCAAGGAGCAUUUCACACAAAAGGAUUAUUUAGAGGUGUUACAGAAUUUAAAGGAGAGAUACCAAAACAACCCACUGUCUCCUUCUGACUUAGACAUAUGUCUACAAAUAGUUACAAAAGGUCUUUAUAGGCAACACGAAUUUAAACAAGGGGACUGUCUCUUACCUGAUGAGAACUGCGUGUUACGAAAUUCCAGUCAACUUUACUACAAUGACACCAAAUGGUUGCCCUCUCCUGAUGAUCUUUUACUUUGCCAUGAGUACAUCCCAAGAUCCAUUGCUGUCAACCUAAAGGUUCCAACAACACGUGACUUAACAUUACAGGAGCAUCUCAUUGAUGAACAAUUCUUCAACUUUGAACAAAAAGAAAAACUGACUGUUCGUUUGAAGAACAUCAUUUCAGCUUAUCCUUCGAAGAGGGAUAUACUGAAAGAGCUUAUCCAGAAUGCCGAUGAUGCACAGGCUACUGAGAUACACUUUAUUUGGGAUCCCAGGCAUCACAAGACAGAAAAAACAUGUGGAGAUCACUGGAACUAUUUACAAGGCCCUGCACUGUGUGUGUACAACAACAAAGUGUUUUCUGAAACAGACUUGGAUGGCAUUCAGCAGAUAGGUGAGGGUGGAAAACACGGCACUAUUGGAACAACAGGAAAGUUUGGACUGGGGUUUAACUCUGUUUACCAUUUAACAGACUGUCCUUCACUUCUGACAGGAGAUGAAAAAUUGUGUAUCUCUGAUCCAAAUAAAUUUGUUCUCAAAGAAACUGGAAAGGUAGGUGAAGGAUACAAAGUGACUCAAAAAUUUAAAGAUUCAUUCCCGGAUGUUUACAACACCUACCUGCCAUCCUUUUUUCAUCUCGACUGUGGCACAAUGUUUAGACUACCAGUUAGAACUCAAGAAAUGGCCCAACGUUCAGAAAUAUCCAGGGAGCACGUCACCAUCAAAGACAUCCAACAGCUUUGUGCCUCUCUUGUUGAGGAUCCAGACAGUUUAGUUCUCUUCUUGAGACACAUCAAGAAAAUAGCGUUCCAUCAGAUAAGUGAAAAUGAACUGAAACCUGUUUUCACCACUGAGAUUCAUAUGUCUGAUGAGUGCAGCACAAAAAAACAUGACAUCCAAACUUGCUUGCAUAGUGGCAAAGACAAUGGUGGAUCGGGAGUUCCCUUUCAAACCAUAUAUCGGAUGGACAUUCAGUCAAAAGGCAAGGACACUUCUCACUGGAUUGUGGCAGAGAAAGUUGGCAGUAAGGGAACAAAAUAUGACAGCAGACUUCCACAAGUAGGUGUAGCUGCCUGUUUAGGUAAAGAGAUAUCAGGAAGAGCCUUUUGUUCCCUACCUUUACCUGGUAACACUGGAUUACCAGUUCAUAUCAAUGGUAAUUUUGAGGUUGACUCAUCAAGGAGAUGUCUGUGGAAAGAGGAUGGCAUGAGCAACAAGGUCAAAUGGAAUGAAUUUCUGAUGCAGGAUUUUAUUGCACCUUUGUAUGGAGACCUAUUAGACUACAUCAGAACUCAUUGUCUUUGCAGUCCAGAGGAAUACCCAUCCCUUCACGAGCUUAGCAAGCACAUUGAGAGUGGCUAUUUAGCUUUCUUCCCUCAUGUUUCAGACAAUACAGCACAGGAAUGGAAAGAAAUGGUUCUCAGACUUUACCGACACAUAAAGGAAAGACAACUCAUGCUGAUCCCAGUUUUUCAAAUUCAUAAUCCAGUCAAUGCUCAGAGCAAGGCAAAAAGUUUCACUCUGACCUGGUCCACUAUCUGUGGGGCAAAGUUGACAGACGCACCCCAUUUAGUCAGUAACUUCAAGGAAUGCUUUCUUGAAGUCCUUGACUCGGUUGGGAUGAAUUUGGUCCCGCUCUCGGACAGCACGGCAAAGUUAUGGUCUAAUUUCAAAGAAGCAGGCAUUCAAGUCCAGUCAGUCAGCCCUCCAAAAGUCAGAGAGUACCUAAAAGCUGAGGUUGUCAAUGAUGUUGGAUUCUUUGUAAAGUUCAUCAUGCCCACCAUUGACAAUUUUAGUGAACCGCAAGUACUGAGUGCCAUUAAAGCUUUGCUGGCAAUUCAACAACACAAAGACUACAAUAAAUACAGACCACACAUCCUCUCUAAAUUCAGACAGUUACGCUUCAUCAAGGAUAUGCACGGAAACUUUCAAAUUCCCUCUUAUUUUUACGAUGAAGAACAGGACUUCUUCAAGAUUAUGCUCCCAGAUGAGAGAUUUAUCCCAAAUUCAUUUUGGAGUUCAAUUCACUGUGCAAAAAACAGGCUCAAAAAACUGCUUGUGGAUUUAGGGCUGAAAAAGAAUGUAUCAAGUCAGGAUUGCAUUGAGUUUGCAUUGCAAAUACAGAGAUCUAUAGCUGGAAAAACUUCCACUGAAAUACUCAAAAGGAGAGCAAAAGCAGUGCUUGACUGGAUCCUAAACAGGAAACAGAAUGAAUUUGAUGAGGAUUUCUUUGAUCAGAUAUCAGAUAUUAAGUUUGUCUUUCCUCAGAAAAUACCAGAGCCACUCUGUAAUUUGCACCAACCUUUUGCAGCAGAAGGAGUAACUGUUUCAAUCAGAGGAUCUCUGAUUGAAAAUAACAGGUUUGACAAAGAACUUAUUUGGACAUCCAUGCCAGUUCUUCCACUGCAGUGCACCACAAAAAGUGUUUGUGACAUUCUAUCAGCUUGUGGUGCUGUGAACGGUCCACCUACCGAAUGCAUAUUUAAGAACCUGAGAAACAUAUGUCAUGCACCAUGCCUGACUCCUGAUCUGGUGAAGACAAGGUCCAGUGUUUUGCACAGUUCAUAUGCAUUUCUUCAAUCUGCUGAUUACAAUGUCAGUUCACUCUCAGACUUGCCAUUAGUCCUGGUGGAGAAAGGAACGGUUUUAGUAAAGCCAAGCAACACUGUUCUUUCUCUUACUGAUGACACAGAUUUCAGACCAUACUUGUACAGCUUACCAUUCAAAUUGAUCAUUUAUAAGGAGUUUUUCAAAAAGGUUGGGGUGGAAGAGACACCAUCUGUCAAACAUUACAGCAAAGUUUUAAAUGAUGUUCAUGAAGACUCUUCCAACAAGCAAACACUGAAUGCAAAUCAGAUGAAGACAGUUAGACGUGCUGUACAGAAACUCCUCCGUAUGCUAGAGAAGCACCCAGAGCAAAGGGCAGGACUCCACAUUCCUCUAUAUUUACCAGCAGUAGAUGGAAGACUGUAUAACUCACAGUCACUGUAUUUCAAUGACACUGUCUUUCAACCCAAAAGAUGGGAGGAGAGCAUUAAUGCUACACUACAGCUUCUUGAGAAGCUUAAUAUGUGUUACCUUGGAAAUGACCCCUAUGAGCAUAAGAAAUUGGUACAAUCCCUGCCAGAGAAGAUCCGCCCAAAGAUGCUGUCACAGUUAGUGAGAGAAGAUCUGCAGAAAUCCAGCAUGAUAACUUGUGAGUAUGGAGAAUUUUGUGAGUUCAGAGAAAAUUUCCAUAGACAUCUUUCCGCCUCCUACUUCAUGCAUGGUAUUAUAGCUGUCAUAAGACAUCAGUACAAAGGUGCAGUGUCCCAAGAUCAAGCCAUUAGCAUAUGCAAAAAAAUCUUUACUAGCAUUAAAAUCAUUUGCUGCAAAACCCUUGAUACCGUACUUGUACUUGAUGGAAAGCCACUGGAGAACAGCACUGAGGAGAAUCCCAUUUAUGUUGACAGAGACAAUGAAAGCUGCACUUUCUUUUUGAAGCACAGUGAUGACCUAAGUUUAAAAACUAUGAAUGAGAUCAAUUUGAGAAUAGCUACUAUGAUUAAUGUCCUUUUUCAAAAGUGUUUGAAUUCUGAUUCUGUGCUCAUUAUUGCACAACUGCUCUGUUGUGACAAUUUGGAUGAUGUCCAGAGGGUUCUGGAAAAGAAUGGCAUUUAUGACAGCACCACUGGGGAGGCUGAAUAUGACAAACUCCCAGUGCCUGGAAGCAUCAUACCUGAGGAGUGGAUUGACUCACUGGACAUGUAUUUCUUACAUAAUUUUGAGAAGGGUGAAUAUGUGGGUGUCAAAAUGCCGCCUGAUGACAAUGAAGUUUACUACUACGCUAAAAUUAUUGACCGGGUUAAUGCAUUGUCAGACCAGCAAGGCCCGGCUACAAGUAGAUACCGAGUACAAAUUGGACCAGAUAAGGAAAUUCAAGCAGGCUCACUUGAUAUCUACAAAUUCAUUAGGACUGGGACUUCCUCUGAUCAUAGUGCCAGAUCCUGCAAAAACCUUGUUUUUAUUGGGCAUUUGGCACAGGUUCAACAUCCACAGACUGCUGACAGAGUUCAGCAAUUGUCCUUGGAAGAGAUCAAGAAAGACAUUGACAGAUGUCUGAGAGAAAUCUGGACCUUGCCAGAGGAAGAGAGACAUAAGGCUGUACGGCGCCUCUACUUGAAAUGGCAUCCUGACAAAAAUCCAAACUGUGCUGAACUUGCAACAGAAGCCUUCAAAUAUGUCCAAAAAAGAAUCCAAGAACUGGAAGAGGGAAAGAUGAAAUGCAGAUCAGGGGCCAGCAACAAAGAUUACCCUAAACAAACCAGAAAUUACAGAAAGUUUUAUCAGCAAUGGAACCAGCAGGCUUCUAGCCAUCGAAGGGGGCGGGAGCGUUUUCAAGAGCAGCACUCCUCAGAGGGAUAUGAUUUUUGGAAAUUUCAUGGGCACUCAACACCCAAGCCAGAUCAGAGAGCACGAGAAGCUCAGCGUUGGCUCAAGCAGGCAAAACGUGACCUUGAUGGAGCAAAUAAUGACUUCGGUCGAGGGUUCACAGAGUGGUGCCUGUUUAAAAUACACCAAGCAGUGGAGAAAUGCUUAGUCAGUGUAGAGUAUAAAAGAAAUGGCCAAUUGCCGGCCAAUCGUACAAUCAGUAGCCUUGCACAGAAAGUCGCUGGCUAUAGCCCAAAGCUAUCCUCUGUACCCAAUAUGGUCAAUAGACUUCAGAAACUUGGUGUGGAUGCCAAGAGGACUCAGUAUCCAAAUUACCACCCUCUCCCUUGCAUUCCCAAUGAACAGUUUCCCUCUGAAAAUGAACCACAAGCAAUGAGCUUAGCAUCUGAGCUUUUGGCUCAAGUAAAUGAAUACAUCACUGAUUGA